GGAAACUUGAGAAUUAUCAAAGUUUUUAGUUAAUCGACAAUUCCGAAAUUUUUGGUUUUUCGUACUGAAUUCAUCUGAGAUUAAGGCGUUCGAGACGGGUUUUUCGCACGAGUUUCCGAAUCUGCAGCGACUGUCAUCUUUCAGCGAUAUUUCCUCAUGCACGAUUAUAUCUGCUCCACACUGACAAGAAAUUUUUCUUUUUCAGGUGUUUUUCCAACGGUUUUCAUCGUGGCCCGAGAAACGAAGAACUCGUUGAAAUAAGUUCGAAUCUAAUGCUGAAAUUCGACGAUGAGCUGGAAUUGUAUGUAUUUUGAAGACCAUUGCGAUCGUUCUGAUACAAUGAUAUUCUGAGUUUCAGGCUAGCCCACCGAUACCGAAGACCGAGGAGCAGCGAUUCUAGGGACGGACUAGGCGAGAAAUAGAAAGGGCUCGGAGAGCGGUGAGGCGAAUGAUAUUCCCGCGACGGGAUCACAGCAAAAAGUUUAUUUCUUCAAAUCACCAUCGGCACUCGAUAAUUACGAAAGAAAAAUCUCGAAUAACGAGACGUCCUUACCAACGUCACAACCAUGAUUCUUCGCGGGGUUUGGAUGGCGGGUCGAGGGCAGUAACGUCAGGAGAAGUGGCCCAAGGAUCGAGGCCGAAAUUCCUGCUCCUCUCGCACCCCAACGUCGCGCUCGUUUACAUUGCCCGGCCCGACACGUCGCUCGCAACAACAACCGUCCGUUGACUAUGUCCGCUCAUGAUCGACGUCACGAUUGCUCACGCUGCGGAAAAUCCUACAAAAACGCUUACAUCCUCAAGAGACAUUUGCUCUACGAGUGCGGCUGGAUUCGCUGCCAUUGUGGACGACGUUUCAAGCACGAUUUUUCCUUCAGUUGUCACCGAAAAAAUGAAUGCGGUUAUGGCUAUCGAUGUCUGGACUGUACCUUCACUACUGACAAACUCAACCUUUGGCUGCAACAUACGAGAAAAGGAUGUAGCAGAGUUUGGCUCGGUCCAAAUACCUUCUGAUAUUUUCAAGCUAAAAAAAAUUUCAUACUUUUACUCAAUGGUUACAGUGUCGGAUCCAUUGGACAUGAAGAAUUUUACUUUGCCACGUCGACGGAGAGCUCGUUCCAAGCGUGUUUCACAAAGAAUGAACUAUUUGUGCAAAUGUGGACGGAAAUACACGCAAAAGUGUUCCCUCGACCGUCACGUUAAGUACGAGUGCGGUAAAGCUCCAAGUGUACCGUGUCCGGACUGUGGGAAACUGUUUAAGCAUCGACAUCACGUUAUCGAGCAUAUGAGAAAAUAUUGCCCGUUCAAGCAGCGUCAAUAAUUUCUUCUCGUUCAACAUCCUGGAGCUCAACAUUAAAAUAAAAUUUUCCUUUUUUUAUUUAUACUACAUGAAAUUGACAGUUGUACACUUUCGACAUUUGUUCUUCGCUACAAGCAGGUAGCCAGACAGCACGCUGCCGGAGAUUUGGAAUCGCGACAUCCGAAGAAAUUUCCGUGCGAAAAAUGUGGCAAAGUUUACAAAUGGAAAGAAUCGUUGCUCAAACACCG